UGGCGACAGAGUGUUUGUUGUUUGUUUGAAGUCCCGGUUGUUUUCUUUGCUUUGUGUGCUCAAUUUUUGCUUAAAGUAGCCUUUUAAUAAGUCUACAAUUAUUGUAAUAAGUCUUUAAUGGACAUAAGUCCAUACUAUAGUUGUAAUUUAGUCCUUUAAGUAUAUGUAUAUGAUAUUAAUAAUUUUAUUUUAAAAGAUAACAGUUGUCCUGUGGUACAUACAAAAACAAGUUUUAAAAAUGAAUGGAUUCAGCACUGGAGAAGAAGACUCUCGCGGUCCUACGGAUCAAAUUUGUUGCUUAAUUGAUAAUGGGGAAAGGUGUGCAAAUGCUGCUGGAAAUGCUUCUUAUAGCAAGAGGAUUCAAAAAACUGUCACUCAGAGAAGACUCAAUUUGUUGUUAGACACAAAGGCUCGUCAUAUCUACAUUUGCGAGUUGCACAAGAUGAUCAUCCAAACCGCCAGAACAAGCAGGAGGCGUAAGGACUCCGAGGAAAGUGAGCCCGAGACGCCCGAAGUGCCUGACAUCGACUUCAAUAGCUUGCCAGUAAAUACUUUGCGACGAUAUAAAAAAUAUUAUAAUAUACAGACGCGGCCUGGGUUAAAUAAAGCACAACUAGCAGAAGUAUUAACUAAACAUUUCCGGACCAUCCCCGUGAAGGAAAAGGAUGUGCUGUCAUAUUUCAUAUAUACGGUAAAAACUAACUCAAAUAAAUUAGACCAGAAAAACGGAACAACCACAGAGAACGCUUAAGAUAUUGUUUAGUUAAGGCUAAUAUAAUAAAUGCGAUUUUAAAUAAUUACAA